AUGCGCUCCAGCUCGGACGCCGCCCCGGACCCCGAGGCCCCGCGGCCGCCCGCGCCCCCCGGCCCCGCCUGCCGCCGGCUGCCCUGGGCGCUGAGCGCCGCGCUGCUGCUGCUGCUCGCGGCCGCCUGCGCCGCCUGCGCCGCCUGCGCCGCCCGCGUUUGGCCCGGCCCCGCGCCCGCCGGGGGGCUCCCGGAGCGCCCCCCCGACGCCCGGGCCCGCCUCCCCGACUCCCCGCAGGAUGUGGGCGUGUUCGCGCAGCUGGUGGCCCGAGAUGUUCUGCUGAGGGAAGGGCUCCUGGAUUGGCACAGUGACCCUGGCUUGAAAGGUGUGUUCCUGGCACCCGGCCUGAGCUACGAUGAGCACACGCAGGAGCUGGUGGUGUCUGAGGCCGGCAUCUACUACGUCUUCUUGCACCUGGAGCUGCGACGUGUGGUGUCCGGAUCUGCCUCUGGCUCUGUCUCCAUUGCCUUGCACCUGCAGCCACUGGGCACAGGGGCUGCGACUCUGGCCCUGACCUUGGACCUGCCAUCUGAAGGCCCGGACUCAGCAGCUGGUUUCCGGAGUGGCCUGCUGCACCUGCGUGCUGGCCAGCGCCUGGGUGUCCAUCUCAGUGCUGCGGCUGGGGUGCACCUCACCUGGCAGCUUGCACAAGGUGCCACAGUCUUGGGCCUCUACCGAGUGGCCACCAAGGUCCCUGCUGGACUGCCCUCAGGACGUCCUUCAUGA